CAUAACGCCUUACUAGUAGGAAAAACGGCAAGACUAGGAAAACAACGCUUUUUGUCUGUUCGGGCAGGCCUGGUAUUGUUGGUGCGCUCUCGUCCAAGAAAGUAACACUUUGCUACUUAUUUCGGACGUGAGUCGAUUUGCGGACUAGUGACGAUUGUUUCUAUAGGCUGUUAGAACGAGAAUCCAGCCUACUUGCGCGAUCUGUAGACACUAAGUUAACACCUCCUACUCUACUGGAUACUAGAGUGACGCUCCGGUCUGGGACGACUGUAUGCUACAAGCUGCGAUGGACCGCUUGAAUUAAGGAAUUUAGGACUCCUGAUUUUUUGUUAUAUUUGAGCGGUUUGGCAUUGUUUUGGAUUAACAAUUACGUUCGUCCCCUUUCCGUGCAUUGUGAAGACGGAUUGAGUAGUCAUGCCAGCGAAAACAAAGUACAAUCUAGUUGAUGAUGGCCAUGAUUUGAGAAUUCCAUUGCAUAACGAGGAAGCAUUUCAACAUGGGAUCAACUUCGAAGCCAAGUACAUCGGCAGUCUGGACGUGGCGCGUCCGAACAGCAGAGUGGAGAUCGUGGCUGCUAUGAGGAGAAUACGGUAUGAAUUCAAAGUGAAAAACAUCAAGAAGAAGAAGGUCAACAUCAUCGUCUCAGUGGAUGGAGUGAAAGUGGCGCUAAGAAAAAAGAAAAAAGUGAGUCUGUUUAUAAAGAAGGAGUGGACGUGGGAUGAGAGUAAGAUGAUGGUGAUGCAGGAUCCCAUUUACAGGAUAUUUUAUGUGUCCCAUGACUCGCAGGACCUGAAGAUCUUCAGCUACAUCGCCAGAGAUGGACAGAGUAACGUUUUCCGCUGUAAUGUCUUCAAGUCCAAGAAGAAGUCUCAGGCCAUGCGUAUCGUACGGACAGUGGGCCAGGCAUUCGAAGUGUGUCACAAACUCAGCUUGCAGCACACACACCAGAACGCAGAUGGACAGGAGGAUGCAGACAGUGACAAAAACUGCAAUGAGGAGUCCACACUUUCAGCACUGGAGUUAAAGGGAGCGGAGAAGCCUGCAGUUGCUGUGGAGACAGACAUUGACGCGGAGGAGGCUACCUUACCGUUACCGGACAGUACGGUGGAGGAGUUUAACCGCGGGGUCACUGACCUAGACGGAGUGGAAGCUAGCACCAAGACUGACCACACACACCUCAAUAACCUGGUCAACGACCAGAAGGUUCCAGAGGAGGACUCUCUACUGCUGGCAUCUCCCAGGAUGCUCCUGCCGCUGUCGGGUACUCUCCCACCCAGCGCCCCCCUGUCAGUCCAUCACCAGAUCCAGCUGUUACAGCAACAACUACAGCAACAGCAGCAACAGACUCACGUAGCCGUGGCCCAGGUGCACCUGCUGAAGGACCAACUGAGUGCGGAGGCCACAGCCAGACUGGAGGCCCAGGCCAGAGUGCACCAGCUUCUGCUCCAGAACAAGGACCUCCUGCAGCACAUCUCUCUGCUGGUCAGACAGAUCCAGGAGCUGGAGCUCAAACUGUCCGGGCCCAGCUCCAUGGGUUCUCAGGACAGCCUGUUGGAGAUAACUUUCCGCUCUACUGUCCCGCCAGUGCUGUGUGACCCUACGACCCCGCGACCCCAGGACCACGCUAACCACAGCCUGCUGGGCCAGGACGGGACGGUUGCCCCCCUCUCCUCCUCCUCCCUGCCCCUGGGCAGUCCUCUAGUCGACCAGAGUAUGUUUGAGAACUCCAAUGCCUCCAGAGCUUCUGGUCAGGGCCUUCAGACAUCCAGGCUGACCCAAGCCUCCACCCGUCGUUCCUUGGUCACGGCUAACCCUGCCGUGGGUACAGGCCCUGCAGAGGCGUCCUUCACCAAUACUGGAGGUCAGCAGAGGCUGAAGAACGCCCUGAAUCUUGGCAAGGCAGUUGGGGCAAAGGUCAACGACCUGCUGCGGAGGAAGGAGCCCAGUCUUAUAGAAGACAUUGGCGUAACAGAGGUCAAUAAGAAUGUAGGAGCAGUCUGGAGCAAUAUGGAAAUGAACCAGAGGACUACCACUAAUAGUCACGCCUCUCCAGAGGCCUUCCCCCGUCUGGAGCCCCCGCCCCCUGGUAAGAAGAGGCUCCCCCGCGCCCUGAAGACCACCCAGGACAUGAUGAUCUCACCCGACCCCGUCGUCACCACGCCCCCCGAGACCCCUGAUCACUCCCUCCUCUCAUCCCCGGAAAACACCCCCCUUAUCAGCAAGGAGCAAGCCCCGCCCCAGGGGAAAAGAAACAAGGAGAAUGACGUUGGGGGAGAUGGACUGACUGGCCCGCUGGAUAGUGAAAGGAGGGAGGAGGAGGUGAAAAUGGAGAGGAAUGGGAGCAAUAGGAUGGAGGGCGUAGAGGAGGGUGUGGUGGAGGAGAGUGCAGAGGGAGAGCAGACUCAGCUCCAGCUGUCUGUCCCGGACCUCAUCCAUAAGGACCACCCGGACCCCCACAGGUCCAAAACAUCCGAGCCCAGUCUGGAGUCGGGAGCGGACGUAAGGCUGGCUUCCACUCCCCUGAAAGAUCCCUACAGGAUCAGCCUGAGUGUGAGUGAAGACGGACUGAUGGAGAACACAGAAGAGUCUGAACAGCACCCAGACCUGCUCUCCUUCGAGUAGGAACACUCACAAACGGAUGUAAAGACCAACACUAGGGUUUCCCAAACAUCAACUCCAGUCUCCCCAGACGUUUCACGUUUUCGUUUGAAUCCUUAACUCACUGAAUCCAUUAGUCCACAAAUUCAAAAGCCUUUGAAUACUUGAACCCAUGCGACAAUUGAACCACUCCGGGUUUAAAACCAACUGUGAAACAUCCGGGGAGACCUGAGGAGAGGUUUGGGGAAACCAUGGCCUGUACACACAGGUCCUGCCUCCAGGAGAGAGAUGUAUGGGGAAAUUGGUGCGGAGGACUUGGCAGAUGGAGAGGUGAAAACAGAGUUUGUUUCUGUGAGAAAAAGAAAGACAGAGAGGAUGUUUUGAAGUAGACCCUGGCAUAGGGUUAGAGGACAGAUCCAGAGAGAGUAGUUUGUAUGUGAGUAUGAAAUGGCUCCGGUGGGAGUAGAGCGGAUAGAGGGGCAGAUGGAGGGGCGGGUAGAGGGGCAGGUAGAGGGG